AUGGACAUGUUCAUCUCAUUGCGCCCGGUAUGUUCGUCCAUUCCAGUGGAUCUAGCGCAAACCAGCGCUGACCAUGCAGAAUUUCACCAUCCAACAUAUCAUGAUGAAGGCUUCGAUGAGUUCCGUGACUUUGUCAACUUCAUUGACGGUGUAGGACUAUCUGCCCAAUGGACGCCCGAGUACGAUUUCGAUUGGAUGCGCUUCAAUGACCAACACCAAGCAUCCCGGCGGCAUACACCCGAGCCAAACGGAGCACAAUCGCCUGCUGCCGAAGAUAUUGGAACUCCAUUUAGCACGUGGCUACCUUCAGCUCCUGCUGACGAUCAAGUUCGUUUGGCUUCAGACAUAGGUGACGCCUUUUUUGGCGGUUUUCACUCUCACUUCCCCUUCAUACAUGCACCCACGUACAAACCUUCGUCCUCUCCACUUGAGCUCACAUUAGCCAUGUGUGCUGCUGGUGCGCAGUAUUGUUUCGAGCGAAGAAGCUCUGAACGUCUUUUUCGUGUUUCGAAGGCAAUUGUUCUUGAGCGACUUCGUCAAGAAGAGUCACACUUCGGCUCCCAGGCCCUGGCCUUGACCAUCAGCCCUUCCUCAGGAGCAGUUCCGGCCAUCAGACGCGCGGGGCCUUGGUCACCUCUGGACUUGGCAAAGACAGUACUCAUUCUCGUGGGCUUUGCGACAUGGGAACGCAAAGACUUGCUGCAAGAGGCUUUUGUGCUCCGAAGUCUCCUCGUUCAGACUCUUCGUGACAUUGGUCUGAGUGAAGAACAGCCCAACACGAACGGCUCUACCUCUAGAUCGGCAAUGUGGGAUCAAUGGGUCCAGCGAGAGUCUUCUAGGCGUACGAAGCUAGUAGCUUUCUGUUAUAUCAACGUGCACACGAUCGCGUAUGAUACAUAUCCCCUCCUCUGGAGCAGCGAACUACAUCUGCGGCUACCUUGCUGCACAUCAGAGUGGGAAGCUUCCAGUGCUGCACAGUGGGCAGCUUUGCAGCGUGACGGGAAAGACAAUCAAAUGCUGUUCCAACACGCGCUGUCAAUUUUGCUUCAAGGAUCGGGAGGCGCUGAAUCCGUUCGUCCUAUCCCUAGUCCUAUAGGGAACUACAUCCUCCUUCAUGCACUCCUACAACGCAUUCACGUCGUGCGCGAACUGUCCUUCUCAGCCUCGUCAACCGCGACACUAUCAGCCACAGAGCUAGACCUCAUUAGCCGCGCUCUCCGAUCAUGGACCUCGCUAUGGCAGCAGACCCCAGAAUCGAUACUGGAUCCAAAUAACGAGAGCGGCCCCAUCCCCUUCACAUCCAGCGCGCUGCUUGUCGUUGCGUAUGUCCGGCUAUCACUCAACAUAGGACCGCAUCGCCACCUGGACAGUCGCAACGCUGACAUCAUAGCAUCUAGACUCACAGAGCUCCCAGAAAUUGAGCGGAACGAGAAUCUGCUUUCCGCACUAUUGUACUCAACUCACGCGCUUAGUAUACCCGUUCGUCUCGGUAUCGAUCGUGUGGCACGCAGCCAAGCUUUUUUCUGGAGUGUCCAGCAUGCCAUCUCGAGUUUUGAAUGUGCUGUGUUCCUGGGAAAGUGGCUUUGCUCAAUACCAAGACCUUUUCAAGAGGUGGCACUGUCGCGAUCUGAACAUCGGAUCUUACAUUGGGUUCAAUGUAUCAUCAAGGAAGCGUAUGCUGUGACCGACUUUGAAGAAACUGAGGAGGGUCUUGAAGUACCUCAUGAGCCGUUCUCACUUGGUCUUGCGGUGUUGAACAUAUGGUGCCGCUUCUUUCGAGGCAACACACAAUGGCAGUUUGUUGUUAAUUUGGGUCUGAGUCUGGAGAAGUAUAUGAAGACCUUAACUUGA